AUGGGUCAAACGGAAAGAUCAGAGGCUGCUUUUGGCUGCGAAUCCAAAACGACUCUGGAUCUUCCAAGUGGUUUCGACCAAGGGACGCCUCAAAAGGCACAAGAGAGCCAGUUACAACUUUUUGAGGGGCCCCUUUCCGACGAAGAGCCACAAUGGCAGCCAGAUCUUCGAGACUGGCUUGUUUUUGUCAAUAUCCUCAUUUUCGCCAUGAUGGAUACCUUUGACGCGACGGUCAUGAUGCCGAUCCUUCCAAAAUUAGCAAACGCAUUUGGGAAACCGCUUGCCAGCAUCUUUUGGGUGAAUACCAGCUAUCUCAUCGCAAGCACCGCUGGCCAGCUUUUCUUCACCAUGGCGUGCGAUGUUUUUACACAUGGACCACUAUGGAUUGUGACCGGUAUCUUGAGUACGAUUGGAUCUGGAAUCUGCGGUGGUUCGAUUGGCUUGACCGAGCUCAUCAUCGGUCGUUUAAUUCAGGGCGUGGGCGGCGGUGGUGCGACAGCACUGUGCUUUGUGGUCAUGGUCGACACCACGCCAAAGUCAAUCCAUUCGCGAUACUCGUGCUAUAUCCAAGUCACCCGACUGAUGGGUCUGAUGCUAGGACCUGCAGUCGGUGGACUGUUCAUCGACAAGGGAAACUGGACGUGGACCUGCUAUUUCAACUUUGUCUUCUGCGGACUAGGUUUACUACUAGUUCCCGUUUCCGUGGAUCUGCGAAUCUCCAGAAACAUUCCCCUUCGGAAACUACGCAUUUUGGAUUGGUCUGGUGCGACUAUGGCAGUUCUGGGUCCGUCUAGUAUCCUCAUCGGGCUCGCCUGGGGUGGUGUUCUCUACCGAUGGACUGAAUGGCGAACCAUGAUGCCCAUCGCAGUUGGAGUCUCGAUCAUGAUUGCCAUGGUCUUGUACGAGUCAACCUGGGCCCUGCACCCGCAGUUUGGGUCAAAAGUGUUCAAGUCCACUGCAAUAACCAUGACCUAUCUCGGCUGCUUCUGCCAUGGUUUUGUGUUGUUUACUCAAAUGCAGUAUUUUGUAUUCUUUCUGAUGGCGACGAGAUAUUUUUCUGCAACGAACGCGGGGUUGUCGCUGUUGGCACUCACCGGGCUGGCGCUCACGCCAGCAGUCGUACUGGGAACGGUGUUCGCAAGCAACCUUCGCUUCGCGAAAUACUUCACUUCGGGAGGCUGGGCGUUGAACAUUCUCGCAUCCGGCUGCUCAAUCCUCCUCAGCAGAACAACACCCAUUGCUGGAUGCAUUUUCAUUCUCAUUGCUGCUGGGCUGGGGCAUGGACUUCUUUUGGCAAGCUAUAACACGAAGAUGCACAAUAUGCCUGGAUCGGGGGGAAAGUCAUUUGCGACAAAGCCUGUUGUAGUCUCAAGCUUUUUGCGAGCAUGGGGUAUGACAAUCGCGAUCCCAAUCGGGGCCAUGAUGGUUUUGAAUACCUUUGGGCAUGAAUUCCAGCGCCUCGGACUCAGCAGAGACCUCAUCAAUACCACCAAUGGCUACUUAGUGCUGAUGGACCAGGUCAAAAUGUCCCACCAGGAUCGAGUGGCAAUUCAGAAUGCAUCUGCAAAUGCAUUACACUUGGUGUGGGAGGUGAUGACCGGUAUCAGCGCACUUGGUGGCAUUUCUUCGGCCUUUUCAUGGAGUGGGAAAUUUUGA